CACGGCCUAUCCAGAGCACUUGAGCGGAGAACAGGAGAACGCUGGGCGCUCAGCUCUCGAUGUUUCGUGGGCGCAAGCAUUCCUCAGGCUCUGGAAAUAGCUUCAGCGUUCUGCAGGACGUAGACGUGCCAGAAGCAGGGCCUGCGACCGGAGAUACCAAUCCCAGGAGCUCGAAGGACAUUUUGGACCAAAGCUUGUUUGCAGAGGAGAUUACCACUAAGCAGUCACCUGUUCCUGCUGGCACAAGCUCCACAAAAGCCGCCCCAACGAGCAAUCCAAAUAUGAUGGGCGGUGGUGGGAAGGGCAAGCAGAAGCCGGUGAAGAAAUUGCAGACCCAAAAUGACACGGAAAGCGUGACAAUGGGGGUAACAGAGAGGAUUCUUAAGCAGAUUACAGAUAUCUAUGAGACUGGACCAGGUGGAGGUCCCGGGUCGCUGGGAUUGAAGACGAUCGCCGACGAUCCGCUCUUGGGGCUGCACCUGCACAAGCCCCGCAAGCGCGUGUCCGUGAUGAUUGUUGGAAACCACUCCGCUGGCAAGUCCUCGUUCAUCAAUUGGUAUGUUGGAGAAACGAUCCAGAAAACGGGUGUGGCCAUUGAGACCAAGGGAUUCUACUUUGUGACAAGCGGCAAGAAGCGCGACACUCUCAAGGGUGAUGCCACGCUCUUCUACUACGACCAUCUAGAGGGCUUCGAUCAGUUCGAUGGGAUUGUACCCAACCUGUUUACCGAGGUCUGCACGAGCAAAGAGCGCAACUUUUCCUGCGUUGACUUCAUUGACACUCCAGGGCUCGUUGAUGGGGAUAUCCACUAUCCCUACGACGUUGACAACGCUAUCCUGUGGCUGGCGGAGCAUGUGGAUCUCAUCCUGGUGUUCUUUGAUCCCAUCGGCCAGGCUCUGACUGCGCGCACCAUGGACGUGAUCGAGCGGCUGUCGAAGAAGCACAACGAAAAGCUCCGCUUCUACAUGUCCAAGGCGGAUCAGGUUGAUAGAGAAGACGACCGCCAGCGGGUGCUCAUCCAGAUUACGCAGAACGUCACGGCCAGGAUCAAGUCGACCCACGCGUUUUCGCUGCCCACCUUCUACCUCCCCUCCGUUGUCGACGAGUCACGCACUCCCGCCUCCAUUCCCAACGCCAUCUCGGAGGUCUGCGACGGUAUUGAUAAGGCGAUCCGGCUGACGGUCCAGAAGAAUUUGGUGUCCGUCAAGACCGACUGCCAGACCAUCCAGAAGAGAGUAGCAGAGGUGCAAAUGGAAGAUCAACGGCGGAGAAAGACCAACAGCACGAGACGCACGAACGGGUUGCUCCUCCUGCUGGCCUCGUGGCUCGUCCUUUUCCUCCUCAUUCUAGUUUCUCUCCGCCAGCUACUGGCCACAGUGGGGCCCCUAGGGGACCUCGUUGAUUCCGUUCUAGAAAAGUACCCAGAACACCUAGAGGUCUUCCGGAACCCACUCGGCCUGCGGAAGGUCGAUGGGACGCGGCUAGAAGCUCCACCAUUGAACGACUUUGCGUGGCUGGCGGGGGGCCUGCUCGUAGCGUACCUUGUACUGGUAGUGUUGGGAAAGUUGGUUUGGCGGGCCACGCCGGUGUUUUCCAAGCGGGACUUGAAGCAGCUGGAUAUGUACAAGCAGUACGCCGAGGGGAUUCUUAAAAUCAGAGACGGAUUGUAUCAGGACUACUUCAAGCAGUUACAAAACGCUGAUUAAUAUCUGGCGAGUUCCGCAGUCAGAUAUCAGAGACCAUGUCACAUCUAGCAAUUCGUUGUGAGAAAUUGAACUUAAGUUCAUUCACGUAUCCGGCUCGCCCUUGCCAAGGAUUUGUUGCAAGUUCAAAUACUCCAUUAUUGUUGGCCUCAGCCUUAAUUUGACGUCAUCAGAUCGCUCGCAUAUCA